AUGAUAUCUGAUUCAAGAGAGCCGACCCCAAUCGUGAUCAAUCAGCAUACGAAUCUGGUCAACGAAGACUCCAAUUCCAACACCGAAAUCAACUCGAAUAUCAAUAAUAAUUUCAACCGUAACCUAAACCAGAACGUCAACACCAAUAUCAACCAAAAUAACAACAUCAACACGAACAUCGACCAGAACGGCAAUGGACUCGACAGCCGCACUGUGAAUCCGAACGGGAAUUUCAACGGUAAUUUCAACAGGAAUUCGAACGGUAACUUCGACGGGAACGCAAACGGAAAUUUCAUUGGAAAUGGGAACGGCAACUCGGACAUGGACUCCAAUCGCUGCGCGUCGAUGAAUUUGCUCAACGGAGAUUGUGGCAACUCAAACAGCAAUGCCAACGCGAAUGUGCAUGCAAAUGCGAACGCAAAUGCAAAUGCCAACGCGAACGUGAAUGCCAAUGGCGGUAUCAGGCGGCGGUUCGAGCAGCAGCAGCAGCGCGGAGUCACAAGCUUGGUCGGAAUCCAGGAGUCGAGCCAGUGCCGAAGCUAG